ACCUUGGCUUGCUUUGCAGCGAGCUUGGCCAACUUCUCCUUCUUCUUCUCUUCAUUCUUAAUUUGAUUUUUGGUCUUUGGCUGGUCUGCCUGUGGUUCUUGCGCGUUGUCGGCCAUGUUGGAUGCAAAGCAGGAUGAAUAUUUGACGAGUUGUUUGGUUACAGCAAUUUUUAACUACCAGACGGAGUUUUUGUGACUCAUUUUUGCUUGUCGCAGGACUGUGUUUCUUUCGAUUGACAAGGUCCAAAGAAAAGUUUGAGUCAUUGUGAGACACUAGAUGAAAGGCAUGCUAGUAUGGCUCCCAACGAAAUUACUCCAGUGCCCAACAUAAACACCCAAAAGUCUCCUAAUGCCCCCAAGAUCCACACAAAAUUUGUGGUAGGAGUAUGUGCUUUGGACACCAAAGCGCGAUCCAAGCCUAUGCGCAAUAUCUUGAACCGAUUGCUCGAUCGUGGAGACUUCGAGACGGUUGUAUUUGGCGAUAAUGUUAUUUUGAACGAAGACGUUGAGGACUGGCCAUACUGCGACUUUCUCAUAUCCUUCUUCUCCAACGGAUUUCCUUUGGAAAAGGCCAUUGCUUAUACUAAACUACACAACCCUUUCCUUAUCAAUUCUCUGGAAAUGCAGAUUCUUCUCUGGGACAGACGUCUGGUUCUGUCAUUAUUGGAUGCUGUGGGUGUCCCUACGCCAAAACGUCUGACUGUCAGCCGGGACGGAGGACCCCGCUUACCCGAAGACCUGGCCGCAUCCUUGGCAAAAUCUUAUGGCAUGAAUGUCAACCAGCCUGUUCCAACGCAUGAAGCUAAAAUGAUCGAUAGCGACACCAUUGAAGUGGACGGAAAAACCAUGAAAAAGCCUUAUGUUGAGAAGCCGGUGGACGGAGAAAAUCAUAAUAUCAAUAUAUAUUAUGAUAAAGCUCACGGGGGCGGUGGACGCAGGUUGUUCAGGAAGGUCGGGAACAAGUCUAGCGAAUACGACAAGGAACUCUCUCACCCAAGAACCGAAGGAUCCUAUAUUUACGAGCAAUUUAUGAGCGUCGACAACGCUGAGGAUGUCAAAGUGUACACCAUUGGUCCAAAUUUUGUGCACGCUGAAACGCGAAAGUCUCCAGUGGUCGAUGGUGUAGUGAGGCGUAAUACCGACGGAAAGGAAGUUCGUUAUAUUACCGAGUUGUCUCCCGACGAGAAAGAAAUGGCUCGUAAGAUCACCAUAGCUUUUGGCCAAACCAUCUGUGGUUUCGAUUUACUGCGGGUAGGUGGUCGAUCCUAUGUCAUUGAUGUCAAUGGCUGGUCUUUUGUGAAGGGAAAUGAUAACUAUUACGACAACUGCGCCAAAAUUUUGAGCGACAUGUUCCACGAAGUCAUUCGCAAGAAAUGGAGACUAUCGCCCGUCCAGGAAUUAAGACCAUCUAUCGAGACUUCGUUUGAAAAUACCUGGAGACUCAAAGGUUUUCUCGUGGUGUUCCGACAUGCUGAUCGCACCCCAAAGCAGAAAAUGAAGUUCACUUUCAAAAGUCAGCCGUUUAUGGAUUUGCUAGGUGGCAGUACCGAAGAAGUCAUUCUUCGCCAAGAGCAUCAGUUGAAACUGGUCGCUCAAGCUACAGCUAAAGCCAUAGAAAUUGGCAGUGAGUCUCGGGAAAAUCUACUGCCCUUGAAAGAGAUUUUAGACAACAAGAGUAGCCUACCCGGCACAAAAGUCCAGUUGAAGCCGAGCAUCAACAAAGAAGACGGAAAGGUUCAAAAGCUACAGUUGAUUGUGAAAUGGGGUGGCGAAUUCACCCACGCCGCUUUACAUCAAUCUCGAGAUUUAGGAGACAAUAUGCGAAAAGACAUCAUUGUCAUGAAUCGGCAGCUGCUGGAUAACGUGAAGAUCUACACGAGCUCGGAAAGACGUGUUCGAGCCACCGCUGAUGUGUUUGCCUCCAGUUUCCUCAACACAGCAGAAAUCCCAAAAAAUAUGGUGGUGACCAGCAAAGCCUUGUUGGACGAUAGCAAUGCUGCCAAGGAGCCCAUGGACAAAGCCAAGGCUGAACUUCGAGAACUUUUGAAAGAGGAAGGCAACCAGGCCAACUGGAGAGAUUACAUGUGGCCAAAGGACAUACCUGAACCAAGAAUUGUUGUUGAUCGGGUUAUAGACAUACUCCAUAGAAUGCGGGACACCAUGCAUAAGAAUUGGACAAAACUGGACGUAGACAACAUUCAGGCUCGAUGGUGCUGUAAUGAGACUGCCAACCUCUAUAGAGAACGCUGGGAAAAACUGUUCAAGGAAUGUUGUGAUGUUGAAAAAGGUCACUGGGACCCAUCCAAGGUGUCAGAACUGUAUGAUUCUUUGAAAUACGAUGCCCUGCACAACCGAACCUUUCUGGAAACCAUCUUCGUUGACCCCAAUGCCAAAGCAGGAGAAGCUGGCUCAUUGGAAGAACUGAAAGAGCUCUUCAAGAUGGCCAGUGCCUUAUUCGAUCUGAUUGCCCCUCAAGAAUAUGGUGUUACUGCUGAAGAAAAAUUAGAAAUCGGUCUCCUUACCAGUUUGCCAUUGCUCAGGAAGAUCCUGAGUGAUCUUGAAGAUAUUAGAACAGCCGAAGGACCACGGACUCGGUUCUAUUUCACAAAAGAAUCCCAUGUGCAUACACUACUCAAUGUUGUAUUCCAGUCACAACUACCAACCCUGCUUCAGCGAAAUGAUAUUCCUGAGCUUGAUUAUCUUACACAAAUUACAUUUGAACUCUACGAACGAAACAUUAAUCCUGAUCGACGCAGUAGCCAUAGUACCAGCCCUGUCGCUGGCAGCCCUCUUACCAGUAGCCCAGCUCGAAGUAGUCCCAUCCAGCCUGAAAAAGAGUAUUCUCUACGCAUUUCUUACUCACCCGGAGCCAACUACCCCAAUAUUAUGGACUUGCAAAUGGAUGCUAAGCACUGUUUGAAUGUCGCUCGACGACGGUAAGUGGUUACCCCG